AUGCCCUUAUUUUCGCUACAAGCCCUUAUGUUCCAUUGGGCAGUGAAGUCAUUCUCUCUAUCCUCCACGCGAUUACGUGCUUUGCAUUUCUCCAAGUCUCUCUCUCGAUCGCACAGUUCUUUCUCUUUAUUCAAUAGUUCUUAUACCAGCAUUUCCAUUUCUGUCUCUCUUUCAGCUAAGUAUUUUUUUUCUUUAAAUAAUUUUAAUUCACUUUUUUCUUUCCAUUCCUCGUUUUCGUCAAUUUUUUCUUUUUUUCCGACUCUUUAUUUUUGCAUUGCUCAACUUUCUUUCUUUCUUUCUUUCUUUCUUUCUUCCCUUUAUCCUUCUUUUUUCUUCCUUUCUUUCUUUCAUUCGUCCUUCUUUUCAUUCUUUCUUUCUUUCUUUCUUUCACCUUUUCAUUCUUUAACCUAUUCAUCUUUCCUUUCUUUCUUUCUUUCUUUCUUUCUUUCAUCCUUCCUUAUUUCUUUCCUUCUUUUCUUUUUUCUUUCGUUCUUUCUUUCUUUAUUCUUUCUUUCUUUCUUUCUUCCUUUCUUUCUUCCUAUUUCUCCCUUUCUUUCGUUCUUCCUUCUUUCCUUCCUUUUCUUUCUUUCUUUCUUUCUUUCUUUCUUUCUUUCUUCUUUCUUUCUUCCUGGUUUUCCCCCUUUCUUUCUUUCUUUCUUUCUUUCUUUCUUUUAUCUGAAUUAUUUCUUCUUGCUUAAUUUUUUCUCCUCCUUCUCUCUUUUCCCAUGUUUCUUUGUUUUUCAUUUUUUACGCACAUUUUACAAUUCUUUCUUUCUCUUUCUUCUCUGGAUAAUUCUUAUUGCUUGCAAAUUUUUUAUAAUUUUCUUUUUCUUAUUUCCUUUUCUUUUCCGUUCAUUUUCUCACAGCUUUUUUCUCUGUCUGUUCGUUUGCCUCUCUCUCUCUCUCUUUCUCUUUCUCUUUCAGUGUCCUUUUUUCCUUAAUUUCAAUUUCUUCCUCGCAAUUUCUCUUUCUUUUCCUUCUUUGUUUUCAUAUUUUUCUUCUUUUGUUUCCUUAAUUAUACGCCUUUUUAUCUCCCUGUUUGCCUUUUCGCCCGUUACCAGUCUAUUGUCUGUUCUGUUUUUUUUUCCCAAUUCUGUUUCAUUGAAUAUCAUUCUCAAUUUCUUCUUUCUUUUUUCCUGUUAUUACUCUUUCUUCUAUAACAUUUCUUUCUUUCUUACUCCUUUUCUCGCUUUCAUUUUCGUCGUACGCUUUUUCACAUGCGUUGUUCAUUUUCCUCUUUUUCUCCCUCUCUUUUUCCUACUUUUCUUUCUUUCUUUCUUCUCAUUUUAUUUUCCUCCAUCCAUUACCAGUUCAUCUUUCUCAUUUUCUCUCCUUCAAACCAUCUUCCUCUCUACAGCCUUAACUCCAAAUCUCUCUCUCUCUCUCUCUCUCGCAAGCUCUCUCUAUGUAUCUUGUUUUUUCGUUAAUCUCUCUAUCACCCUCUCGCUGUCACUCUUUCUCCCUCGCUCCAUGUAUCUAUAA